UCUAGUUUGUUGUUUUCCAUUGCUUCGUUCUUCUCACAUACAAUUCGAACAAUUUGUGAUUAGUUUUUUUUUCUUCUACGCAAAUUAAGAGAGUGUGUAAAAAUUAAGUGAAAAUAUUGUGAACACCAAUGCAUAAAGGAAAAUAAUUAAUACGUGUCAUCAACGUCGGUUUUCGGUUUACAUCAGUCUGUUGUGGCAAAUUAACGUAUAGGAAAAACUGGGAGGAGCAACCAUCGCCAAAACAUUCAUCAUUUCAGCUACUUUCGGAGUUGUUAAAAAAGUUGUACAAAUCGUAACGCUGCUUGACGCAUCACAAAAAUAUGGCUGAUGAAUUCGAUGGUUGCGAAUGCGUUUGGUCGCAUGAAUACGCUAUGCAGCGGCUUUUGGCGAUGAUUCGUCAGAAUCAAAAUCAUUGUACUGAUACGGAAUGCAUUGACAUAUCUGGACGCGUACGUGAAGCUAACCCAACCGGCGGUGAGGAGGGUAACUUUACUAUGAUGACAAUGCUUAUGAUAUUCGCUGUGCUCAUGUAUUUGAUAAGACCCGAGUCGAUCUUGAAAUUAACAAAUACAAAACGGCGUUCGCGAAGGCAGGAUCCCAAUGGCGAUAUGCCACCGCCGCCGCCACCACCGGCACCGCCUGCAGUCAAUUAAUAUUGGGCAUUUCAUUGAGUACAAAAUGUAAAUGCAAAAUAAACUAUAUACCUAUCUAACAACAAUAAUUCUACACAAUACUUAAGUGAACGCCCCGAAUUUUCGUGCUAACUCUAUUUUUCAAACUUUCCAAAGUCUCAUUCACAUAUUGUGCUUUUCAAUCGGCCUAACCCUGUGCGAAUUUACUCUAUUUACUAUUAAAAAAAAAAAUUGACUGGAGUGCGUAAAUAAUUAAAAUUAAGCAUUUUACCCAACAAAUUAUCGGAAAUAGCGUAUAAAUUAAUUAAUUAAUAAUUAAUAUUUUUCACGUGUACCAGAAAAUUAAAAUUUUAGCAAGAGAUUUGGGUAUUUUAAUGCUUAAAAAUAGAAAGCUUUUCGCUGCCUUUGCAAAAACCAUUCCAGAAGUUGUUCAAUCGCAAUUAUGCACAUCCAAAAUGCUUAGAAAUUCAAACAAACAAAUAAAAAAUAUACAUAUAUAUACGCUACAUAUCUGGGUUAUGCACAUAUGUAUGUACGUAUGAGUUUGCAAGUGAUAAAUUAAUUUAGCUCUCUGAAAUAGCCAAGGUUAUUGGCCCAAUGUACUAAAAAAAAAUCUAUACAUCAGCAUUGAUUAAGAAAAGAAUUUAAAUAUUUAAUUUCAUGUGUGCAUAGAAAAACUUAUAAUUUUAAAAUAAAUAAAUAUUUCGUAAAAUUUUAAUUGCUUCACCGUACAAAUUGUUGUUGAUUGUGAGUUAUUAACAUACAUUCGCGCACUGUAUGUAUGUCAAUACCCGUACAUUUUUAUAAAUAUAUUUUCUCUCUUUAAGCAUAUACUUCAAAUAUACUGCAACUUGCAAUGUAAGCUGAAGUGCACUAUGUAGAUAAAUGGUAAUUUUUGAUGUUAAUUUCACACGCCUUAUUUCAAUAAAUAAAUUUACAAACAUUUA